UGCAGACAGGGUCUGACAAGCGCAGCGUAGGGGUUUUGUUCCCAGAGCUCCUUGGUGCGCUGUCCACUUCAGCACCACAAAGCCGAGUGGAGGUAGCGGGCUAGCUAACACGGGCGGGACUGAAGAUACGGCUCAACAUCAGCACCAGCGCCAACCCGAGUGCCAGAUACAGAAAAUACUGAAAAUUAGCCAGCGAUAUUCGACAGAAACACCGACAGCAACGAGGCAAGCGACUACAAAAAAGGGCUUGGAGCGGCGCCUUGCUGGCCUGGCCAAACGAAAGUACUGACUGUAUCUCUGAAAGAAGGAGGCUUCCAUUUUGCCACAGCGCUGCCAUCGGUGAGAUAGGCCCAGGUGAGAUUCAGUAAUCAUGUAUGAUGCAACAAGGGUGCCAUCUCCGAAAGAUGGUGCAAACGGUUUGCCCCAGCCGGUUGUCCCCGGAGUAGGAGCGGGAACAGCUGUAGGAUCUGGAGGGCCAACUGCAACUACAGUGCUGCAAGCUAAAACUGAAGAGGGGCAGCCAGUUAAGGAGGAGGAGGAGGAGCCCAAAGCAGAGCCUGUCCUGGUGAAGAAGCCCCACAGAGAGAUUCUGGACCAUGAGAGGAAGAGGAGGGUGGAGCUCAAAUGUAUGGAGCUCCAAGAGAUGAUGGAGGAGCAAGGGUACACAGAAGAAGAAAUCCGACAGAAAGUAAGCACAUUCAGACAAAUGCUGAUGGACAAAGAAGGCGUUAUUACCAGAGAAGGCUCCCACACACAACCAAUGGUCAACCACCUGCACUAUCCCCCUGAUGGGUAUGAAGAGGACCCUGAAGUGAUUGGCUAUGAAGAUGAAGAUUAUGGGUAUGACUACCAUGGUGACAACAGGGUGAAGAGGAAAUCAAGCAGCUCACCUUCCCCUCGUCCAAAGAAAAGGAAGAAGAAGAAAUCUGGCCGUCGAAGGAGUCGGUUUGGCAGCUUCUCACCCACUCACAGAGAGAAGAAGAAAAAGAGUGGGAAGAAACACAAGCGAGACCGAUCUGCAUCUGGCUCCAGGAAAAAGAGAAGACACAGGUCGGGAAGCCCAAAGAACAAACAUAAAGACAAGAACAAACAGAAAAAGAGGUCCCCUGAUGAAACACCCAGCAGGAAUUCACAGCGUCAAGGCAGCUGCUGCAGCUCUCGAAGUCCCUCCUUGUCUUCCAUCAGGAGUGCCUCCAGAUCACCCACCAGAUUAAACUCCAAACACAAGAUAGACGGUCAAAAGAUGUCUGACACCCCGCAGUCCCCAGCCCCCGAGAGUCCCACUACUUGGCACAACGGGGACCACACCCAGCGAAGCCGCAACGGCAAGGCCGGCAGACUCAACCACACCGAUGGCGAGAAAGGGAACGAUAAGUUCCACAUGCUGACUGCCAGCUCUGCAAGCGUCCAGUCAUCUCUGCUGAGAGAGCACAAGGUCCACAGCGCCCCUAUCAGGAACCAGAUGGGAAAGAUGUGUGUGGCAGAAGAUGCUGGGAGUGUCGAUGGCAGGGGCACAGCUAUAGGGAGCUCUCUGAGCAAGGCGUCAGGGAGGAGAGGAGGCCAGAGAGGUCAGAAUAAGAGCUCCCACUCCCCUGCUCACAGCAGUGACUCGACCCACUCCCAGCACAACCAUACUUACAGAGGGAGGAGCUCUCGUCACCACAGAAAGGGAAAAGGUGGCCACUCUUCCAAGAGUCACCACCAAUCCAGUCGGGGUCAGGCACGCCACCGGAGCACAUCAGCGUCUCCAGGGCACACGUCAGCCAACAAAGUCGGGAGCAAGGCAAACCUCAGACAGCGCAGCAGCUCCUGGAGCAGUGGGCGUUCAUCCUCGCCCUCUGCCUCCAAAGACAGAGGACCCAGCAAGGCCAAGUCCCCGCACAACAGGCAGAACGCCUCCAGGGACAGGGAGAGUGCCAACCGCUCUGACACCGACAGCCGAGCUCGCCGCCGUUCACGCAGCUACUCACCUAUCCGCAAAAGAAGAAGAGAUUCACCCAGCUUCAUGGAGGCUCGCAGGAUCACCAGUGCUCGGAAGCGGCCGAUCCCAUACUACCGGCCCAGUCCUUCAUCUUCAAGCUACGACAGCAGCCCAUCACGAUCCAGCCGCAGCCGCAGCUACAGCAGCUACAGCCACAGCAGAAGUCACAGCAGGAGCCACAGCAGGAGCCGGAGCCAGAGCUGGAGCCGCAGCCACAGCUGGAGUCGCAGCCAAAGCCGGAGCUGGAGUCGCAGCAGGAGCCGCUCCCGCAGCCACCACAGUUAUUACAGCCGCAGCAGCUAUGACAGCCCGGGGUUCUGAUGGCAACCAGCAGAACGAGAAUGAAGAAAAAAAAAGAAAAAAAAAAACAGGAACAAAAGAAGGAGAAGUGCUGUUAAACCUGCUGCACUCUGGUAGAUUCAUUACGUAUCCUUAGCAAGUCCUCAGCAGAAGCCGCACAGCUGUACAGCCUGGGAUCCAAACUCCUUCACCAUGGACCAUUCUAUCUCUAACACAGAGCCUGGAUCAAAGAGAGGAAAAUGUAUUUUGAUAUAGCACAAUACAAUAUUGGCUGUCACUGUUCAUGUCUUCUCACACAUUCAAGGAAAGGUUUUUUCUUUUUUACAUGUCUAAAAUGAAUUGGCUGAGCCCAAAGAACAAAUGUAUGUUAGCACUUUCCUUCUCAUCUUCCACACAGCUACCAAAAAUACAUUCAAUAACAGUUAACAACAGUUAUAUAAGUAUAUAUAUAGAUAUAUAUCAAAUAUAUCCUGAAAAGAGGGGCUGAGUAGAAGACAAAAAGAAGGCAGACACAUCGAAAUCACACAGCUUACUGUACAUUUCAGAGAAUCACUUUGUUUUCUCUCAUCAACCCCAAAGACUUCCAGUUCAUCCAAGCACACAGAUCAACAAAAAGAGAACAAAAGAGAAGUCAGAGGAUGAAUCAGGAAAAGAAAUAAAAAUAACUUUUUUUUUGUUUUUUUUAGGAGAAAACUGUAUUGCAUAGAUUUGUCUGUACAGAUGUAAACUCUCUUAAGUUUGGCUUUGUAAACUAUGCACUGUAUAUUCCAUAUAGUUUGAAGAGGUAUGUUCAGCAUGAUGCAUCAGGAGAGACUCAAGGGACCUGAUGGAAAUGAGAUGUGCCAGCAGGGUGAAUCUGCCCUGCCCCUUCCCCGUGACCUUUGCAAACAGAGGUGAAUGAAACGGAGGGGGGGGGGGCUGUAUGUGUUACAUACUUUUACUCUCUUUCCUGUUUAAGUAAUUACGUUCAUUAUGCUAAUCCUGUGCGAGACUGUGUGUAUGUGUGUGUGAGUUUGAACCUCCUUUGCAAAGAUCAACGAGGUAAUGAUUUACAUGAGCUGCUGUAUGGUACCGUACUGCAAAAAGUCUCCAUGCACAUUUGUGAGUUGAUCUCAGCUAUUUAUGAAACUCGCUGUAUUUAUUCAUUUAUUUAUUGGGUUAUUUAUUGUUUAAUAUAUUUAUCAUUUUGCUGUGAAGCAGUUGGAUCAUGGUUUGGAGAUGGGUUUGCUGCAGAUGUGAGAAAAGUACUGUAAAGCUCCAAGUUAUAAUACAGAAUCGGUUUCUUAUUGCAAAGUUUUCGCUCCUGUUAUCAGAUCAACAAGCAGGGCACAGAUUCACUGCUAUGUGUUUAAGAAGCUCUGAUUUUUGAGUUGGUUGAACUGAGCAUUCACCCAUAGUUACUCCCACGACUGCCAUUAUCGCGUCCCCAGCCGAUGUAAUGACUCAUGGUAACGCGGGGCUGCUGUGGCUCUGUCUGUGCCGAGGGAGGAAGAUGACUCGGCCUGAAGCAGCCUGAAGAAUCUAUUACUCUGCUCUACUGUACAUUUCCAGUCACUCCAUAUUUCAGUCCCUUGUAUAAUUGGCCACACAAUUCUAGCAGAGGUCUCCCCAGUUGCUGGCUACAAAAGAUAAUGAGCGAUGGCUUGGCAGGCAUGGCAGCAGGCUGUGUCUGCACCUAAUGAGGGUGGUUAACAAACAGGUGAUACAAUCAGGGAUCAGCCUAAGUCUUCCUUACCAUUCACCCGGUCUCAUGACAUGCAUUUCCAGUGUAACCACACUUAUCCCAGCUGUGAUGCUCUGCAGCCUGACCAUUUAUUCCAAGUAUAACAUCGCCCCUUUGAUUCUACAAAUCAUUCUUUGUAUUGUACAAGUUAUUAUACCUGACAAUAAACAGAAACAAAUGGGGAAA